CUUGACAAGUCGAAGGCAGCUUUCUUGUCAGUAAGGUGAGCACGUUCACUUUGAGAGCACUUCGUUAGGCGGAACCGGUCCUCUCCUUUAGAACACCCCGGCCAGACGACCACCGCUCCGGUCCGUCCCCGAGUCCAAAAGACCGCCCGAGUUGGUGGGACUCUCCGCCGUCCGCAACAAUGCAUGCCCGCAGCCACAGCAUCAAAGUAAAGCGGGGAUAAACGGAGAAAAAACAAACAAACAAAAAAAAAAACAACAAAAAACUCGCCGGACUUUACUGGGUUCUUUUCCUUCAUCCUGGACAACGAGCCAGACCGAGUCGGACCUCACCAUCCAUUUCCCCGAAGAGAUGCGCUUCCAGCCCUUCGUCCUUCGGCGGAAGAAGCCCGGCAAGUGUGAGUGACAGCUCAGCCACGGCGGUGCGGAUUCACCGGGGUUUUUUAGUCAACCUCAAGAAACUCAUUACAAAAAAAAAAAACAAAAAAAACCCCCACAAAAAACUAUUCUUGCAAUUUCCUCCAUUUUUUUUUUUUUUUUUUUUUGGUGGUAAUAUUUCAUUCAGCCACAUUUCAUAGUGGACGACAAGACUGUCAGUGUGAUUUAUGAUUUUUUGGGGUGUCGCUUCGGAACUUCCAGAGGGGGGCCGCGGACGCUCUCUCUUGGUUGGGAGAGGAUUCAUUACAUCGGUGGGACUCCGGCUGGUGAAGCCCCCCCCCACCCCCUCCCGGUCAGGGACCCAUUAAUCAGUCAAUCCGGCCAGCCAUCUGAGAGAGAUAGAGAUCCAUUUAUUUUGGGAUUAAAAUCUUCAUCUGCUGGGGAAUUCUACCAUGUCAGGUGCACGGGAUUGCAGACGGACGCUCCUCAUCUGCGUGGUGGCGGAGGCGCUUUCAUGUGCUCUUGCAGGCAAAGUCUUGCCGACCAGUUCCAAUGCCCUCCAAAGUUCCUCAUCGAUGAUGGCCAAUCCUCCGGCGCCCGCCAUCUACCUGCCGGCCAGCUUCAAGAUCUCCAACGUGCAGCUAGCGUUCUUCUUACGCGAGUCCAUUCAGCCAUCAGGACCGAUCGUAGGCGGCGGCAGACCUGGCGGCGGGAACCCUUUGCAGCGCUCAGAGAGUUUUGUGGUUUUCCAGACAAAGGAGCUCCCAGCCGUCAACAUCAGCCUGGGGCCUUUCGCCCGCGACCAGACGCUCUCCAAGGAGCUGCUCCAGCCAACCAGCCCCCUGGACAUCCCCGGCCAGCUGACGGUCAACUGGAAAGUGCGCGCGUUUAUUGUCCAGUCGCGAGUGUUCUCCACCAACCCCGGCGUGCAAGUCUUCUUCUACAUCGCCGGGCGCGACUGGGACGACUUCAAGGUCCAGGACAAACUGCCCUGCGUCCGCCUGCACGCCUUCCGGGACGUGCGGGAGAUUAAGACCUCGUGCCGGAUGAAAGGCAACCUGGCGCAGUGCUUAGCCCAGCUGGAGCUGCCGCCCUCCUGGUUCAACGCCAACGUGGCUCCGCUUGGCCGCAGGAAGGGCUCCGGCGGAGACGGGCUCCUGGACGGGAUGACUGGCGAGACCCUGCAGGCGGAGCUGUACUACACGCUGCACGAGGCCAACGCAGAGGGCGAGUGCAGCGAGGCGCCGGGGCACCGAGGAGCCCGGGGGGAGGCACCGUCGCAACACCCCCUGCUGCGCAUCGGAAGCAUCAGCCUUUAUCAGGCCAGCCAGGAGCAGCUGUUGGUCGACAAGCAGCUGGACAAGAACAUGUUCCUCAGGCUGCCUGAGAAGCCCCUCAGGCCCGGGGAGACCCUCAGGAUCUUCUUGUACUUGAUGCCCAACUCCACCGUGGAACAGUUCAGCCUCAAAGUGAAAGCCAAGAAAGGGGUGAACCUGAUCCAGACCAAGUCUAAGAACGCCCAGUGGAAGGUGGACUGGGAGGUUCUGUCCGGUGCCAAGCAUUCCAUCACGACCAUUAAUGUGAACAAGAACAAAGCUGUCAAACCAGGGGACGUGUUGGGCAACGGCGAGGUGAUGCAGCUGGACUUUGAGAUGGAAAACUUCACCAGCCUGUCGGUGACGCGCCGCAUCAACUGGAACAUCGACUAUAAGGACCAGAGCCCCCCGCCCGAGUCGGAGAAGGUGGUCACCGAGCUCACCGUGGUCCAGCGGGACAUCCAGGCCAUAUUACCCCUGGCCAUGGACACGGAAAUCAUCAACACGGCCAUCCUGACCGGUCGCACUGUAGCCAUCCCCGUCAAGAUGGUGUCCAUCGAGAUGAACGGCGCCGUCACAGACGUCUCCGCGUUUGUGCAGUGCAAGUCGGCCAAUGAAGACAUCGUCAAGGUCUCCAUGAAUUGCGACUACGUGUUCGUCAACGGCAAGGAGACGCGCGGCUCCAUGAACGCCAGGGUCAUCUUCAGCUACGAGCACCUGAGCGCCCCCCUGGAGCUCACCGUUUGGGUGCCCAAGCUCCCCCUGCAAGUGGAACUGUCCGACAGCAACCUGAGCUUCAUCAAAGGCUGGCGGGUCCCCAUUCUGCCCGACCGCAGGAGUACCCGGGACAGCGACGCUGACGAGGACGAGGACGAUCGGCGGGUGAGCCGAGGCUGCACGCUACAGUACCAGCGGGCCCUGGUCAAAGUCCUGACCCAGUUCCACACCACGUCCACCGAAGGCACCGACCAAGUCAUCACCAUGCUGGGGCCCGACUGGCAGGUGGACGUCACCGACCUGGUCCAGGACUCGCUCAAGGUGGCCGACCCCCGAGUCGCCGAGCUGGUGGACAGGACGGUUCUGGUGGGCCUGGAGCUGGGAUCCACCAUCUUAAAGGUGGACUCUCCUCUGGCCGUGGACGCGGCGCUGGGCCAGGCGGCCUUCUCCGUCACGGACGACAAAGUUUCCAUCAGCCAGCUGCGCGUCCACGCCGUGUCGGGCUUGAGCUUGUCGCUGCAGCCCAGCCCCGGCAACAGUCACACUUUGGUCGCCAAGGCCGCCGGCCUCCAGACGCUCGGCGCGCCCAAGCAGGAGGCCAGCCUGUCCGUGUGGAUGCUCUUCAGCGACAACACGGCUGCCACGCUGACGUACUUUGACCCCAAGGACUACAACUUCAACGCGUCCACACUGGACGACAAGGUGGUGUCCGUGUCCCAGGAGCCCCAGCAGCGUUGGCCUGUGGUGGUGGCGGAGGGGGAGGGCUCGGGGGAGCUGGUGCGCACGGAGAUGACCAUCGGCGAGGCCUGCCAGAAAACCAAGCGCAAGAGUGUGAUCGCGUCGGCCGCCGUCUACGUCAGGGUCCGCUUCGGCCCCGAGGAGGAGGACUCUGACGAAGAAACCGCCACCGAAGGUGAGACGGAGUCGCCGCCCGGCACCGGACGCCCGCGCCCCGCGGAGGCCGGCCCGGACUCCGGGGGCAGGAUUUACGAGACGUCCAACGAGCGACCGGCCAGCGUCCCCAUCGAUUACACCGACCUCCCCACGGCGGGCGACCGGGAGCGGCCCACGGAAACGGGCGCCGAAGAAGAGGACGAGGAGGAGGAAGACGACUUUGUGCAGUCGCCCCGCAACAUGACGGACCUGGAGAUCGGCAUGUACGCCCUGCUGGGGGUCUUUUGCCUGGCCAUCCUGGUCUUUCUCAUCAACUGCAUCGUCUUUGUGCUGAAAUACCGCCACAAGCGGAUCCCGCCCGAGGGCCAGGUCAACAUGGACCACUCGCACCACUGGGUCUUCCUGGGAAACGGCCAGCCUCUGAGAGCCCAGUGCGACCUGUCCCCGCAGCAGGUCGACAUCCCCUCCAACCCGUUGGAGGGCGUCCAGACGUGCUGCCACGGCGACCACCACAGCAGCGGGAGCUCCCAGACCAGCGUCCAGAGCCAGGUGCACGGUCGCGGGGACGGCAGCUCCGGCGGCUCGGCCAAGGAGAGCGCCGGCGAGGAGGCCAGCUCGCCCACCUCCAAGCGCAAGCGGGUCAAGUUCACCACCUUCACCACGCUGCCCACCGAGGACCUGCCCUACAACUCCAUCCCCGUCGCCGACGAGGAGGACAUCCAGUGGGUGUGUCAGGACAUGGGCUUCCAAGACCCCGAGGAACUGCACGACUACAUGCGCAGAAUAAAAGAAAUCGCCUGAGAAAUCUUUCUGGGAGGGGGGCGUAAAAAAACAAAAAAAAAAAGUCUCUCCUUUUUAUCACAGACCGAGAAGGGGGGGAAGGGGGAAAAAAAAUAAAGGCCAACUGUCUUUUUCGGUUAGUUUGUUAUGUUUAGUUUGCACAGUGCUGUAAUCUUAUCACACUAAACAAAACAAAAAAAAAAGGAAACUGACGCAAGCCAAAGACUCGGUGACACGGAGAGAGGCAGCGGCGACGAACAAGGAGGCCUUUGAUGAACAUUCAAAAACUGUCAAAGACGCUCGUGAAAAAAAAAAGCUUUUUUUUUUUGCCAAAUAGGUAGGUUGUUUUUUUUUCUAUUUUCCUUCUUUUCAAUUAUGAUUUGCUCACAUUUUUUUUCUACACGUCACGGCCAUCGCUACGACUCCCCCUUUUUCUACUGCCUUACAAGCACGACCGACUCGCAUCACCGCAGGCUUGGAGGCGGCGUCGCGUCGCCUCGGUAGCGAGCUGCUCUGUGUCCGCGGCGAGGAUCUUUGCAUGGGAGGUGGUGAGGCGCAGUCACGUUUCGUUUCUCCCGCCGGCGUAAUCUGCUUUUCUGGAUCAUUCAUCACUUUCAAUCCGAGUAGCUAGUGCGUACGGGUUGCCUAUAGUAACGGGAUAUGUGUAACGUGGGUGACUGCAUUUGGUUUACAUCAACUCAAAAUCAUUUGUGUGAGUAAAUUCCAGUCCGAGUAACGAGAAAAAUUUUGUGAUCCGCUUGUUAAAACGAGAAAAUCUUCUUAACAUGUCGUUUGAGUAAAUUAAUCCCGUGUGACACGUGACCUGGGGAACACAAAAUCUCUGAAAUUUUCAAUCCGGUUGGAAAGUCUAUAUUGAAGGUAGCGUGCGAUCUGGGUAAUUUGGACACGUUCCGCAAACUUUGGCUCAUUUUAAAUCCUGGGUUCCACGUAAUCCGGUUUGCGCGUAAUUCCGGUAAUCUGGUUAACGCAAAAUCGGGCCAAUCCGGGCGGCAACUACUCUUCGAGGUAACGUGAAGCCGCUCUUGACAUGCAAAACCUUUUUUCCGGUCUCCGCGAGCCGAGGUCCGAGUAACGAGCAAAUCUGCGAUAAAUCAUCCGAGAACUGGGUCAUAUCUGCAGAAUAAAACGCCAUCUGUGUAGCGUGCGACCUCGAGCGGCAUCUCACCUCGGCGGACGUCACAUGAUCUGCCUUCCGUGUCAUCCGCGUCACACGCCAUACGUGUUACAUGUAGUGUGAGUAACACAAAAAUGUGUAAAUGUUUGUACGGUGCGACUAUAACCAUUCCCUACCCACGUAAUCACGCGCAUGCCAUGAUGUUACGGCGGGCCCACAUACGUGCAAACAUUCCUCUGCGGCGUGUACGUACAUAGUACACAGUACAUAUAUAUAUAUAUUUGCAGACCGCUGCUCACCCUGAGGAAAGCAUUCGCCGUUCUCGCCGAAAGAACUUCUUACGUCCUAUUUUCCUCUUACAGAGCACAAGAUCAGCAGGAAAGUUUCGAUCAUCCCACCAAAAAAUAUUUGUUUUGUCAUUUUUUUAUGUGCCAUAAGAUGUUUUCGUCUGAAUUAAUCGAAUGGAACUCAAGACAAGAUGGCUGCGUGCAUGGAAGCUAACCUGGUUAACGUGGCUAACAUUGAAUCCGGUUCAUGUCUGGAACCUGCGUGAUGUCUAAUCAGUUUUUCAUUUAGAUAUAAUCUGGGUAAUAUGUCAUCUGGAGUAAAAUUUCGUCUGGAUAACGUAUCAUCUGGCUCACACAAUAGUUUCAGUCAAGUCUCAUUUGUGUUACGUUUAAUCUGGCGAAAUCGGCUAACAUUUCAUCUGGCUAACGUAUGAGCAGGUGGAAUGCAAUAUUUUUAUUUCACGUGGAUAAGAGGUCACUGACGGCGCCGGAUCGAUCUCGACAUCCCCCCUGCGGCUGACCGGCGACCGGUUCGGGGUGUAGUCUGCCUUCCGCCAGAAGCUAGCUGGGAUAGGCUCCAGAUCUCCUGUUAAGUGGGGACCCUCGAGAGCAGGGGUGUCAAACUUGUUUUUGUCGCGGGCCACGUUGUAGUCACGGAUUCCCUCAGAGGGCCGUCGGGAAGUGUGAAAUCAGAAAAGUUUUUCAAUCGCCUCAUAUUUACACAAGAAUUCUAUUAGCUAGUUUAUUAGCUUCAAGGGGUUUUUCAACCUUUGUGCAAAAAUGCUUAUAUCUCAACGUCCUCAUUGACGAUACGUGAUAUUUUUAAAUUUGGGUGCAAAUUUUCGCAAGAAUCGUGCAAGUUGACAGACGAUUGGCCUUCGCGGGCCACACGACAUCACGAGCUGGCCCGGAUCUGGCCCCCGGGUCUUGAGUUUGACACCAGCGUUCGAGAGGAUAAGCAGCUCAGAAGGUGGAUGGAUGAGAGCAAAUUUAACGUGAAUGAAUUUAGUCAACAUCGAAAUGUUCCUCAUCAUCUGGGCAGAACAUGUAGCCCGAGUCGCAUCCGUCGAGGGCGAAUCCGAGGGAUCGACGCUGAUGCGGUUGUACGGGAGCGUUGGGUGCGUUUCUAGUAUUUUGGACACCAGAAAGUGUACACAAUGAGUUUAGAGAGAAUAUAUAGUAUAGCGUAUAUAUAUAGCGAGAGAGAGAGAAAGACACGACGCGUUAAAAAGACACCGGCGGCAGUUGAGCUAAUCGCGGUUCGAAUUAGCGGUGGGCGGCGUUCUCAAGGCCGUGAAACAAGCUCCCGUUUUCGAGCCUAAUGAAGCAACCGCGAGAUGAAAUAUGCUUUUCUCGCGUCACUUUUUUUUAAAGGGCAUAUAAGGACUCUGGCGUGUUUUUUAUUUUUUCUGCGCGGCAAGAAUAAGCCACGUUUCAUAGUCGAGGGUACCUGAGGCUUUUUUAUAUGAAACACCCAAUCCAGAAUUGUUCUUCUGUAGCGUUACAAAUGUCAGAUGUUACAUUUUGCUUUGAAAGUCUUCAAAAGUGGAGAGACCAAGGACUCGAGUUUUUACUCCAUUAGUUUCUCCACGGACGGUCGCACACGUCUCCUUUUUAACGUUGUCAAAAAAAAAAAAAAUCACUUUACCCCUGACAAAAUGUGUGCCAGGAGAGUCUCGACCUCCAGCGAGUCCGUUCCGCGGAAAUGCACAUUUUUUUCAAAAAUUUUGUUUUCCACAAUCUUUGUUCAAAGGUCUGCAAAUACACAAAACGUAACCGGCUUGGCUUUGAGACGCACGGAGGUGAUUGGCACGAGCGGCAAUAAAACAGCCCAAAAUUCUGAUGUCAAGGCAUAAAGGCAGCCGGAGAGAUUAUUUUGCACGCUGGGUGUGUUUUCAAUAAAUCUGAGCGUGUAAAAACAAAUUUUAGGGUUAAAGGGGAAGUCUGGUCGUUUGGAUUAACGAUGUAUCGGAUAAUUUGAAAAUUUUAGGUUAAUCCGAUAUCAUUUUAUGAGAAAAUUUUUAUCGGCAAUUUUUCACAGGCGCCGCCAUUUUUGGCGAGUUACGUGACCCAACAAAGGAUCACUCACGUUGUGACACAAUUAUGGCUAGGACUGAUUUCUCGGAUUUGAUCCUCAUCUGAUGAAGAAAUGGCAAUAUCGGUUGAUCGGGAAGGCGGAGGAAUGAUUUGUCACAGAUUAGAACCGGAGGCCUGACGCAUGGGACACGCCAUUCGUCCAUCGUAUCGAUUUUAGAGUGCGUUUAGGUCGGCCAGCGGAUCAAUGGCACACGUGCACUUGCGGAAAAUUCACAAUUGCCGAGAAAAAAAAAUCUUCUCAAAACACCAUCAAAAAGAUAACGGAUUAACCUCAAAAUUUUCAAGGUCCAGUACAUAUGACGUGACCGAUCGGAUACAUUUUUAAUCCAAACCACCGGACCUCCGCUUUACGUUUCAAGUUUGUUUGGGUCCAUUUUUCGAAAACAGGAUUUAAGAGGUUGUAGAAUUCUCCCCGAAUGCCUGUUUCGGACCCAAAUGGCCACCUUCCUGUUCCAAUUUCAGGUGUUGAUGAAUUUUUUUUUUUACAUGUCCAGCCAAUUUUUGUGUCAAAUGUUUACACUUGUGUGUGUGUGUGUGUGUGUGUGUGUGUGUUUAAAUCUGGAUUGGUGUUUUUUUUUUUAAGGGCUUCGGGUUCCCUGAAUGCAUCAGCAAUCUUUCAAAAGAUUUUCGUCUGAAUUUCUCUCCGUCCGUCCGUUGGGUUUCCCUCUCAGGAUGAAUGUAGGCUUCUUCGUCGGUUCCCCCGCGAAGAACUCAACUGGGCCCGCUCCGCGUUCUCCGUAGAUCCCGGCCGGUCGCUCCGCUGUACAGAUGAGGCGUCCGCUCGCAGCUUUUCACGCCAGCUUCAUUUUGUUUUCUUUUCUGCAUUCAUGUAAAUACGUCGCCACGUUUGGUUCCUCCCAUGUUUUUUGCCUUUAUUUUUGUUUGUGUGACGCAGUUUGGCUGCGCUCCUGUGUUUGUUUGUUUGUUUUCCCCCUCCAAGCUGCUACUUGGAACUUGGUCCUCACCGCUCCCGCCACCGCACUGACCGCCAUGUUCAUGUACAGAGCACUGAUCUAUUUCCUGUAUUCUCUUGGAAGCAAAUCCUUGUAUUUUCCCGUUCCAUGUAAAAUACUAAAGAAAAUGCGAUACUGCACAAAAAGG